UUCAGUAAAGGAGACGUGGCAGUGACGUCAAUUCCGGAAAUGACCCGGAUCGAAACUUUAACUGUAGGGUUGGUUACUUCUCAUCAGAAACAUCGAGAAGCCACAUUAAAAUGGUGUGAUAUCGACUCAAAUAUGCGUGUGCUUAUGUUAAUGAAGAACACCCCACCUUGGAUGUAGGUUUCUCGGGACAUCUGGUGGUCUUCCUGCUCAUUAUUCACCAGACCCGCUUGAGAAGGAGGAUCCGGUCGUUUCUAGUGAUCCACAGCUGGUUUCUUAUCCUCUAAUCGGCGGCACGAUGACGUGCCGCGACCGAACCCUGGAGUUUCAGUCGGCCUGUAAAUCUCUCCAGGGCAGACAGAAUGGAGUGCAGCCCAGUAAACCAGCUCACAACGCCCUCAGGCAACACAGCGACUUCACACUUAUGGCCAAGAGAAUUGGGAAAGACUUGAGCAAUACGUUUGCCAAAUUGGAAAAACUAACUUUUUUGGCGAAAAGAAAAUCUCUAUUUGACGACAAGGCGGUGGAGAUAGAGGAACUCACCUACAUCAUUAAGCAAGAUAUCAACAGUCUGAACAAACAGAUCGCACAGCUGCAGGACCUGGUGAGGUCCCGCGGCGCUCCGGGUGGCCGGCACAUCCAGACCCACUCAAACACCAUCGUGGUGUCGUUACAGUCCAAACUGGCAUCCAUGUCUAAUGACUUUAAAUCAGUCCUAGAAGUUCGAACUGAGAACCUGAAGCAGCAGCGCAGCAGGAGAGAGCAGUUCUCCCAGCCUCCUGUAGCGUCUUCUCCUAUGAUGGCCAAUAACUUCAGGAGCCGCAAAAAAGGGGCCCAGGAGCCGCAUGCAGCUCGCGAGCCGCGCAAUGACUACCAGGGCUAUACAACCUCAAAUUUAAAAGAAAGCUCGGUGCUGAUGCAGGACGAGUCCCGGAGCAUGGGGGAUGUGGCCAUCGACAUGGACUCCCAGAGCAACCCUCUACAGCUCCAGCUCAUUGAUGAGCAGGACUCGUACAUCCAGAGCCGUGCAGACACCAUGCAGAACAUCGAGAGCACCAUCGUGGAGCUGGGCUCCAUAUUCCAGCAGCUGGCUCACAUGGUGAAGGAGCAAGAAGAGACCAUCCAGAGGAUUGACGCCAACGUGGAGGACACACAGCUGAAUGUCGAGGCUGCGCACACAGAAAUCCUGAAAUACUUCCAGUCAGUCUCCUCCAACCGCUGGCUGAUGAUCAAGAUCUUUCUUGUCCUCGUAGUUUUCUUCAUCAUCUUCGUUGUCUUCUUCGCAUAAAGAAAAGGGUUGGGCGCGUAAAAGAGAGGAAAAGCAUAUUAACUGAAGCUGAUGUUGGACCGGGAGACGUCCACAUCACACACUGAGAAGACGGACUUCUUUAGAACGGUUUCAUGCCAGCUUGGGGGUGAAUUCAAACAAACAUGGACUCCAGUUAUUUCCAAGCUAUGGACUCAUGGUUCAACACUUUGAAAGAUGAAGUGAUUGAGCUCUGUCCAAACAAAACAAAUAAAUGGUGUAAAAUCUCCAGUUUGUAGAGAGGAAAGACUUCUCUGCGUUGUACUUUGACCAAUUCUUUGUAGACAUUUAAUCAAAAUGGCUGUAAUUUAAUAGUUUGAUUCUGCAAACUGUCUUAUAAAAAAUGUUGUUUCUUCUUCUUUACCCCCUUUACUACCUAUUUUUUUACUUUCAUUUCAACAGCAAACAAUAGAACCGGAAUCUAUUCUCAUAUUAGUUUUCUUAAUGUUACUGGGAGAGAUAAUACCUUGUCUAAUCAUUAUUACUAAAUUUAUCAUUCAUUUAUGCUGUGAACUAUUUUAUCCAGUUACAUUUUGUUCUGCUUUAUUUGCCAAAUGGGAACGCUCUUUAACCUGUGACAUGACGCCGAAGAAGUCGGGUACAGUCAGCUGAACUUAAGUCUACAGAAUAAUUUGAUGUAGAAAUAUAUUAAAAGAAUUGUCACUGGAAAUGUCUGGGAGUCAAGCGUUUCAAGUAGUGAAGGGAUUAAAGGGACUCAUUCAUUCUGCGCCCCACAGAGGAUCAGAGCUAAUGAAGGGGUUUCUCUACUAAUGAAGUAACUCAAGCUGCCAGAUUCCCUGGAAGUUUCUGGUUGGUUGUCUGCCCUCUUUACCUAAUGUACAGGAUGUUAUUUAAAUGAUUGUCUCCUUUUGAGAAGACAUGGUUCCUAUUCUCCCACCAGUUUCUUUUAGCCAAAUGCCUUGACUUCAUUGUACAAUGUGCAAAUAGUUCUAAUGAUGUAUUGAUGAGCGAGUGCACAGUAAUAAAACAAAAUUGGUUCUUGA